UAAAAAAAAAACACCACUUUUUUAUCACCACUCUUCAUCUCCGGCGAAAAAAAAAAAAAAACAUAAAAUCUACAUUCCCAUAAAAAGACACAACAAUAUUUCAACUGUCUUACAUAAAUCAGUCAUCAUAUAUAUAUACAAACCUCAUUCUUUUCUUUUUUUCUCCUUAAAAAAAAAAAAAAAAAAUGAACCACCAAAACAACCACCACCGUCAAGUAAAUUUCCGGCUACUCUGCCACGUCAGCAAGGCUGGUGGAGUAAUAGGAAACUCGGGACACGUCAUCAAGAACCUUGAAACUCAAACCGGGUGUAAAAUCCGGUUCGAAGACCCGUUACCCAAUUGCCAUGAACGGGUCAUCAACAUCUCGGGUGACUCAACUAUAGACAAAAAAAUAGAAAUAAAAUAUAAUGAUAAAAAUAAUGAAGAUGUUGCAGUAGUGGAAGUUUCUAGAGCACAAGAAGGUUUGAUUCGUGUUUACGAACGAUUAUUGCAGGUUGAAGGGAAUGAUGGUGGGGUAGUUGGGUGUAGAUUACUUGCAAUUAAGGGUCAAAUUGGAGGUUUAAUGGGAAAAGGUGGUAUGAUUGUGGAUGGUAUAAGGAAAAGAACAGGUGCUAAGAUUAAGGUUUUGAACAAAGAGGAGCUUCCAGCUUGUGCUAUCCCAGAAGAAGAAUUAAUUCAGAUAAUGGGUGGAAUUAUUGCGGUAAAGAAAGCACUAGUUCCUGUUUCUCGGCGUCUUCAAAUUCGCCUACCAGCUGAGAGAAAAACAGCCCACGUUACUUCAAAUGGCGCAUUCCAUGAACAACCUCCGGACUUUCCUUUGGAUACCAAAUCCUCGAUACAACCUUUGUCGAGAAAUGCCGUUAAUCAUUCUUCACUCGCCCAUUCACUGUCAUCCGAUGUUGAUAGAGUUUUGAAUCUGGAUGCUGACAGUGCUCAAAGAAAAGUAGUCUUUGGAUUGCUUUGCUCUAAUGACACUGCUGGAGGUGUGAUUGGCAGGGGUGCCAAAAUUAUCAAAGCUCUCGAGAAAGAUACUGGGGCUUCUAUAUCGCUUUCCACUCCAAUAGCAAGGUCAAAAGAGCGUGUUGCCAUCAUAUCUUCACUUGAAAGCUGGGACCCAUUAUACUCGCCUGCACAAGUUGCCACACUUCGAGUGUUUGAAAGAUCUAUAGAAGUAGGCCGUGAACACAAACACGUUAAGGCUGGCCCAAUAAGUGCAAGAAUCUUAGUUGGACCGCAUGAAAUUAAAUGUCUACUCGAUGAAAGGGGAAGAGUUUCAUCGGAUAUAGGUUCCUCGACGGGGGUUGAAGUACAGCUAUUGGGUGCAGAACACGCUCCAAACUGUGCUGCAGAGGGUGAUAAAGUAGUGCAGAUUAUUGGCGAACUUGAUAACGUGAAGAGUGCCCUUUUUCAACUUACUGGUAGGCUAAGGGAAAUCUUCUUUUCCGGUAUGGUUUCUGAAGGAGCAGUACCUAAAAAUAAGUCUUACUCUACGCCCUCCCAUAGCAGUCAACACGAAAUUGGAACUAGUAUGCCUUGUCAGUCGGAUCACUUGUCCAGCUUUUCUUCUCUCAACCAAAUGGAUCACCUUGGUUUUGUGCCAAAUCUUCGUGGUCCUCAUAUAUUAUUACAAGGCAAUCAGUCCAAGGACAGAUUGAAUAGUAAAGCGGGCAAGCCAAUCAAAGAAAGAAAGGGUGGCUGGAAGAGUUCUCAUGGUGGACCUCAGCUUGGAAGGAUGGAUGAGAACGGGGCAGCAAAAAAAACCGUCAUGAUCACUGUUUCAGGACAAAAAAUCAGUUCUGUUUAUGGCGAGAAUGGUUCCAAUUUGGCUCGGUUGAAAGAGAUCUCUGGAGCUGCAGUCGUUCUAGAAGUUCUUGGUCCUGGCGAAUGUGAUGGAAAGGUGAUCAUAUCCGGUUCACCUGAACAGAUCCAAAUGGCACAGAGUCUUCUUCAUGCCUUCAUCCUCGUGUAAUCAAAAUCACCAGCGCCUCGGGACAUAAACUAACUAGAAUAUAGAUGCUACCCCAUAUAUUGAUGAAAAUAUUUCUUCGUCACUAGGAAACUGUUAUGGUGCAUUUGGCAACCUGUAAGUAUGCAUGCUCCAUAUGACCAUAUCUAUGUUGUCUAGUUGCUUUCUUUGAAAUUUAGACGCUAAACCUUGGGAAAAUACACCAAACUCUAUGAGCUAAUGUGGUACUAGGCGUGGUUUACCAUCUUUUGAAGAAGCUGAUCGAGAACUUAAAUUGGAUGAGUUUCAACAUUUAAAAUUGUUAGCAUUGAACCCAUUGCAUUUAUGAAAUUAUGGGUUCAGAAGUUACCAUCUUUUUGA